AUGGCCAAUUUCCAUAUGUCAAAUAGAAGGAAGCGAGGACGACAACCUAGCAGUCUUUCUGUCCUGUUGUUUCUGCUUGAUCCAGAUAAAAAGAUCAUAAAAGUUUCAAGAGAAACAAAGAAAGAGGUAGUAGAAAAGUUAAUGCAGGAAGGAUGUGGGCCACCACAACCAGGUAAUUGAGUGUGGAAUUAUUGUAAUUCUCAGGGUUUAUACAGAUAUUGCGUGCAGCACACUCCCUAUCAGGGUUUUUCAGUGAUUGGUUACAUUGUGAAUCGUGGCGGACAUGGCAUUUGCAGCAUUUUGUAAACACAUUUUGAUGUAUUAUGUUAUGUAACAUAUGACAAUUACAUUGUAUGAGUGUGAUUUGUGUUCACUUAUUUGGUACAAGAUUUUUACAAUCUCAAAAGCCAUCCCCCAGUGUCUGCCACUGAUUGUGAAUAGACAGAAACGGAAGCAGACAGUCAGGUAUACUGUGAACUUACAAAUGGCACUUUAAGCAGCCGCUAUUAGUCCAUACCAUUGAACUAUAAAUAAACUGGAAGGCUAACUCAAGGGGGGGGAUUGAAGCCAAUGCAUUUUAGUUUUUCUGAGUUAGGCGUGUAAAAAAAUACCUGUGGUUCCGGUUUCAUAUCGUGAAAAAAUUGGGGUCUGUAGGUCGGAAAUAAAAAAUUUUUUGAAUAUUUUUUCAUGGUUUUGGCGGGUUUUUGCUGGGCGAUUUGUAGUAGAGUCCCGACAUCAAUAUUAACUAGAGAUGCAUAUUUCCUAUGGACGGAUUUAGGCAACUUGGUUCAAUAAUUAGUGUGACAACAGACGCCAUUUUGGCACGUUGCAUGGGCAGCCCUCGACCACCUGGAGAAAAUAUUGUCGGUAGGUCAAUUACGUUGAAAAAAUAAUAGGGUCGGCAGAAAAAAGUAGGGUCGGUCAGGAACCGGAACCACAGGUAUUUUUUUUUAUGCCUUAUGAGCAGAAAUACUCAAUACUGAACGUUGGGCUAUAUAUCAAAUUGAAGCUAUUGAAAAAUGCUAUUUGGUGUAGAAAUUUCAAGACUGUAGCUAAAAGGGAAAUAUUGAAAAAACUAUAAACAUAAUUACCGAUAAUUUGCUUUUUUGUAUUUUUUAAAUAUUUUUCUUUUGGCUGAAGUCUUGAAAUUUCCACACCGAAUAGCAAUUUUCAAUAGCUUCAAUUUGAUAUAUAGCCCGACGUUUGGGGUCAAGUAUUUCUGCUCAUAACUCAGAAAAACUAUUUUGGCUUCAUCAAAUCAUAGGCUUUCAUCAUAGCAGUUAGCCUUCCAGUUUAUUUAUAGUUCAAUGUUCCAUACCUCAUUAAUGAUCUGCCCCUGACCUAUGUGCAUGUUUAAGCCACCCUGUCAACUUCCCCUGUGGGAGGAAACUGGAGUAUAUAUUGUUUUAUCAUUUACAUCAGAUGUGUUGACAGCCAUUUCAUUUCUAUGUUGUUUUAGUUGACCUCAGUUCAUUAAUGAAUAAUAAUGAUUGACCCCACUCAUAUUAUGCUAAAAUAUCUCAUGAUUGAAACCCAAGAAUGAGAACUUUAGAGACAAGUUGAUAAUAAAAAUUGUGUGCCCAAUUCCCAUAGUGUUGCUAGUCACCAUUCCCAUUUACCCUGUAUAAUUUAUUUAUUUCUCUACUCUUUGAUGCCAGAUUAUUUUACUCUGUCUAACACCAGAUAAUUGUACUCAUCAAAGGAGAGGUUAUAAUAUUUACCCAUGUGUCUAGUUAAUCCAUUAAGUUGCACCACACAUGCUCAACAACCAAUGGGUGUUUACCUAUUAUUUUUAAAUAGAACAGUAUUUAUUUGGUACAUAUGGGUAAUUUUCUGCAGACUGUUUUAAUAACUUAAUAUUUUUACAGGACAUUGUGUCAGUGAUGGCAAAGUGGAAUUUUCAUUGGGGCUGACAAAUGAACAGUUCAAACAGAAGUUAGUUGAAAUUUAUCCAAAAUUGGAAAAUGCUGCUUUUGUCUUCAUGAAAGCUGACAAACACAACACAUUGGAAGAACUGAACCAUGGUAUGUGCUGCUUCCGAUGUUACACGCCAGAAAAUGUUUACCACAGUGAACGAGGACAAGGGAAGCUUUAUAUAAAAUUGAUUCAGGAAAGCGAGGUAUGUUGAUUGUAUUUUAAGCAGUGGCGGAAACUUUGCGAAAUAUUGUUGGAGGGGGAGUGCUGAAGGCACAAAAUUUCUAGGGGAAUCCUUGAAAUGAUAUAAUUGCAGCAAUCCGACAGCACAUUUUGUAAGAAAUUUCAGGUUUUCAAAACAUUAAUUUAAUGAUGCAUUUUGUGAUAAAUCAUAUGCCAAGCAUAAAAAAAAUACAUUUCAGAGAAAAUAUUGUAGAUGAUAAAUACAUUUGUGAAUGGAAUUGCAAGGUGGUUUUAUUAACUCUUUUCUUGACAGCUUCUAGAAGCUGACGACUUUGUAUGUUCAUAUCUUCAGUUCAGUGCAUGCUAUGAAGACAAUACCACCAUUCAAUUCAGUGAAACAAUAUUAGUUUUAGUUAUUGCCAACAUUGUAAGGAUUUAUGGCCUUAGAAAGUCAAGCGGGAUCAUAUAUGAUCAAAUUAUGCAAUUGUAUGAACCUAAUAAUAUAGAUUAGCCAUACUUUUUGCCGCCAAACAAAAAUUCGAUCCCUUUGGACAGAUCUUCUUUGUAAUAUAGUCUUGAUUGAAUCAUUAUAUCAAAAACACUAUUUAGAGUAUGUGUCAUUUCCGAGCCUGUAUCUUUAAAUUAGCAUCUGUUAUCACAGUAUUUCCAUUUCUUGUCCAACUGUGAGCUAAUCCCAACCAGAAAUACAAUUUGGAAACAUCAAAACAAUGCAAUGUUUGUAUCGUAUGACUCUGGGAAUGCCAGAUGCCAUCUCGCUACGGGAGCUCCUUAUUGGCCAAGUAUAGCAUGUGGCAUGUGCAUUACAUUUUUCUAAAUGACAGCUACCUAAAAUUAUUGGGGGGCAAUUGCCCCCCCCCCCCCCUUAGUUUCUACCUCUGAUUUUAAGUCUUGACUGAAUACUGCUUUGUAACCUGUCCAUAUAUAUACAGGAUUUUUAAUGGUAGUGCCAUGUUUGUGUAUGCCAGUACAUUUUGUUAUUUCUCUCAAUGUAUCUUGAAAAGUGAUAGAAAUUUCAAGUUUUGAAAACUGGCCCAAUUGCCAAAGUUUUGGUAAAUUCUUUUCUGAUCUUUUCUUCCCAUCACUCCCCACGCAUGUACUUUACUCGGUCUGGAAACUUCAUGUGGGUAAUUUGUAAAUACUUAUAGAGGCUCUGCAAAGGAGAGACACAUGUGUAUAAUAAUACUAAUAAUAGUAAUACAGGGUGUUAGCUAGCCCAUAUACUGUCCGUUUGACAGACUCUUCCCAAUUGAAGUAGCUAAGGGGCUUUCCCAACUGGGUCUACUGGAAGAUUUUCAUUUUUUCUGAUGAGAAAGUGCAUUGCGUUAUUUUAUAUUAUUAUAUCAAAGAACGUUUUAUUUACUUUUUCCCAUUAACUAUUUUCUCAAAAUGUAUCUCGUUUCAUUCAUUGGGUGUGUAUUCAAUUGGGACACAUUUUUUGCUGAGUGAGACAUCUGGUACAAUCUAUCAUCUGUGGUUUUACUACUCGCAAUGUUUGCUGACGCGUGUUCGUUUGAAUCGUCCUGCCUGGAAUCUGCAUGCGCGCAUUUCAUGAAAAUUUCGCUACGUUCAUUUAAAUUAUAUAUAGAUAGACCUAGAAUUAUAACUACGGAGUAUUUGCAAUUUCUCUUCUAAACAUAAAUUGCAACUAUUUCCACCGGCUUUAACUGAACUUGCUUGGGAUAAGCUGGACCAUUUGAUUUUAAAUUGUUCUCCAUUUCGUUUUAAUUUCCAAACAUGUUUAGAAAGUUCAGUUUCAUUCUCGUACUUAAUAUCAUUGAAUGAUUUAUGUAUCUCUCCUUAAAUGUUGUCGCUGCAUGUCAUACCAAUGUAGGUUUUUAUAUCGUUGUUGUCUUUCGUUUUUACCUCGGCUUGAUAAACUAAAUCUUUCGUCAAUUAAGCACAUGUUGUUAAGCGGGCAUGCGUUUACAUUUCUGCAGUUACAAAGUUUUUCAAUGUUGUUAUCUUUGGUAUAGAUUCUUCGGAUUUAGAUUCUCUCAAUACGCGUUUGUUAUGUCUCGAUAUGACGCUCUUUACAUUAUUCAUACAGCUAUAGCUAAUUUUGAUCGUGUUUCGGUUGAAGAUCUUAUGAAGGGGUGAUGUUUUGGGAAAAUGUUUGUUGAUUAAUUUCAAGAAAUCUCGGGCGACAUUGGUUCGUACGUUUUUACUAUACGGCGGGUUGAACCAGAUAAUUCUUCUUGUACGUUUAUGUUUCUCGUUUUGCGAUCGACUUUCGGUUGUAGGCGUUGUUUCAGCAGUUGAGUAUUGAAGUUUGGUGUUGUAAUUACUCUGCUUCAGGGCGUAUAGUCGUAAGUGGAAGCAACAGAACCAAAGUUUGCUUGUCAGAUGAUAAUGACGCGAUUCUGCGGUUGAUUGCUGCUGGGAGUUGUUUGGUGAUUGGUGGUGGAUGGUUGGAUUCUUUGUGAAUGUAGACAAUGUACAGUGGGUCGUUAUUUGGUUUUCUAUAGGGCUUGUAUGACUCAUUAGUAAGAUUAAGAGUAUAACAUCGAGGAACAAUUAUAUUUUAUCGCCAUGCAAACAUUCAAAGAACUCAUUAACAUCGAGGAAGUUAACAGUUUUGUAGUUUACCUCGGCAGUGAUCUUCAGUCCCAAUUCUUGAAAUGCAGAGCACAGGUCUUUUCUUGCUUUAUCUGCUAGUCGUGGACUGGUACCUUUGAUCAAGGCUAAUCCGUCAUCUCUGUACAAUCCACAGGGGGUCCAACUAAGAGCUGUGUUAUGAAUAUGAAUAAAACAUUAAUAUUUAAACGUAUAUGAAUAAAACAUCAUAGCGUAAUAAAUUUAAAUUAUUGCACUUACUUGUAUAAAUCAUAAGAGCUUGCAUUUCCACCUAAUAGCUUCAAACAGGGCGCUUAUAUAUGCUCAGAAACGUUGAUUAGAACGAUUGUUCAAAUAUGGCGAAAUAUGACGUUCCAACGAAAAUAACAAAGGAUUGCGGGCGCGCGAGCGAAAAGGCUAGGGAAGAAAUAAGUAAAAGGGAUGAAACAAAUAUCACGUGACUUUUUAAAAUGCUUCUACACUAUCCGUUUAAGCUUUUUGUGGUAUUUUUAGGGCUCAGUAGAUGUUCUCUUACAUGAGCAAGCCUAGUAAUUACCAAAAAAGCACUGAUCAAUGUAAUUUAUGUGAUUUAUAACAGCGGACGUUCUUAGCCGUUUUCGCGAGAUGUGUUCCAUAAAGCCUGGUUCACGUAUGCCUGCGACUGUAUCAUUAUGCCUCUACUUUAUACACAUAUAUAAUUUAUAUGUAAAUCCAAGUUUACUGUAGUAAAAUAGAGUUUAAAAACAAUAAAAAUGCAUAUCAUGGAAACAUUGGUUUUUACAAUACGACUCUUAUGAGACAUUGCCAUUUUGGCGGUUCAAUGAAUAAAAAUGGCAGGCUAAAAAUUAUUUCACCUGCCAAAAAAUUUUAAACUGGCAGGCCAUAUUUUUUCUCUACUUCGAGCCCUGCUUAUACAGGUAAUGUCUUAGUGCAUCUUAUCACCAUGUUAGAGUGUCAUGUGAAACACUCCCUUCUCGGAUGAGGAUGAUCUCUUGCACUGUUGAAGUGUACGUUUGACAUAUUUUUCGGUAGUUCCAAUCAAAACUACAGCAUUAUUUUAAUGGAGAAAUACUACUGUACAUUAAAUGCCUAUAAACUAUUUCCUAUAUUUUAGAUAUCCCAGUGUACGCAUGGAGUAUCUCCUGUUAAAAAAUUGCGUGUUGUCCCUGGUCACAUCCAGCAACGUUUUGUACCAAUUCAACCAAAACUAUCACCAGAAGUCACAAUUACAGGAAUUGAAUCAAGGUCAUUGUUGGUGAUGACGCCAGGUGCCAUGCCAGUACUGGAUUUGUCAUCAGCACGAACAGUUCUUAGUUCUGGUAAUAUAGUACCACAACGUCAAUUUCUAUCAGCUAUUGUUCCCCAGACUGAACCAACACCACCAUGGUACAGUACUGUUAACAUAUCAACACAAAGUCAGUUAUCUUCAGCAGUGAUUUCCCAAAGUUCAUCAAGCCAACCGGUAGAUGUGAUAUUACAAAAUCAGUUACCAACAUCAAUUAUUGCUUCUCAGAUUGAAUCCAACCAAUCACUUGACAGUUCUGUUAGUAUGGCACCACAAGACCGGUUACAUGCACCACCACCUAUGUCAAGCCAAACAAUUCAAGGAUCUGGCGAUGUGGUGACACAAAAUCGGCUACCAGCACCAACAGCUAUUGUUUCUCAGGCUGCAACAAAUGCGGCGAUGUCACCGUUCCAAGAUCGUAUUACUACGAUGACUCGAAAUCAGAUACACACAUCAACUAUUGUUUCUGGGUCUAUGGCACGCCAAGAACAGUUUUCUAGAUCUAUUGGGGUUCCUGACACAAACUCGGAGCCAUCUGAACUACCGAAUGCGGAAGAAAUUCUUGACGAACUAGGUUGGUUAAAUAAUGAUCUUGGUUCGAAUGCUUUGAUAGGUGCUACUGACACACAAGAUGAACGCAUUUCAAACGACCAGGUAUAGUUUGUUUACCGUAUAUUCAGGAUAAGUUUUAUUUGGCUUGAACAACCAUGAAAAGCUGUCCACGGCACCUUAACACAAAUUAUGCAGCAAAGUGUAUAAACUGUUAGAGCAUGUACAAGAAUAUAUUAUUCUGUCUGUACAGUAUACAGCUUGAAAAUUGGGUAGUUGUUAUUGUGUAGUUGCUCUCGUUUUUCAGAUAAGAGGUGGACUAUUACAAUUUGGGGGAGGGGUGGUAAUUUUUUUCCCGCAGGAUUUUCUACCUACAAGGUUGUGCAGGCAUUUUUUAGAGCUAAAUGUAUGUUGAUUUUUUUUAAAUUACGUAAUUAUAUGUCGUACUGACAUACAUCCUUUAACACACGUGUACCGAUUUUAUAUACUCAAUUUUAAUAAAUGGCUACAUCUAAUAGAAAAUAAUAAUCCAAUUUAUUUACUGUCGUUCCAAUUGAAGUGUUGCUCAAAUAUUGAUUCAAUACAUUACCUCGGGCUGACCAAUUCAUUUGAUCAAGUUCCUCGAGAUAUUCAUAUACUUUCUAGUAUAAUUGUAAACUUCCUGUUGACUAGUUUGAAUGCACCAAUCACCUUUGUUGUUUGUGCAACUAACCAAUCAUAAAUAGAAAGGAAGUGACCAGAAAUGAUCAAAUACUUGGAAUUGGCUCUUUCACAGGAAGUGUGUGAAUAUCUCGAGGAACUUGAUCAAAUGAAUUGGUCAGCCCGAGGUAAUGUAUUGAAUCAAUAUUUGAGCAACACUUCAAUUGGAACGACAGUAAUGCAUUUUAUAAAAUCGCCUGAUGAUUGCCUUAUACAAGAUUAAUGAAAUUUUAAUUGGCUGUAUAUAACAACAAUCAUGUCUAUCAAUCUAUUAAUGUGUGGAUAAGUAUACACAAUCUGAUACAAGAAAUCCUUGCGGAGUGGCUAGUUGGCCGUACAUCAUUACUUCUAUACUGUUUGCAAUAAAAAAUCCUGAAUGCAAAGAAGUUGAUGCAUGCAUGCAUGGUAUUCCAUGUAUAAAAUACCUUGUUGUAUCAUUAUUUUAACCAUGCAUGCAUGUUUUUCCUGGCAAUAUAACCAUUCAAAUUGGAAUCUUAUAUCAGUUUUGUAUCUAAGCAUGCAGGUUAAUAUUUUCAAAAAAGAACCAUAUGUUCGUCAUUAGAUUUAUAUAAAUGAAAUAUUUUUCAUUCGAUGCUGUAGCUGGACACACUGCUAGAAAAUAGAAAACUUGCUAUUGAAGCCACAUACAUGAACACUGCUAGUGAAUGUAUGAGAGAUGAGUUUGACUCCAUCAAUCUUUUUAUUAAAAUUGCCAUGUAUUAAACUAAAUUAUGCCAUGCAGUCACGCACGAAUUUUUUUUCUUACCUUGCGUUUUUGCAUGAUUUUUUUUAAAGAACUGAUCUUGCACGAUUUUUUUUCUGGAAUUGCCUCCCCCAAUUUCUAAUGAUCCACCCCUAAUGAAUCAAGGCUUAUAUUUGAAAGCUACAAUAUAUUAUUUGAAAGGUAAUAUAUAUAUAUGGCCUAUAACUUCGUAAUUACACGAUUCACAUCACAAACUUUAUAGGCUUUACUUGGAGAAACCGAGGUUGUUAUACACAUGCAGUAUUUACCGUUUCCUUUAAAGUUAAUCCAUGCUAAUAUAUACUGUCAGUUUCUUGUCAUGAUGAGCUCUGUUUUCUGUGCGUAGGCUUUUGCGCAAUAGACCAAUCGGACAACAAUUGGAAUAGUUAUGGAAAUGUGUGUUAGCAUAUCUCGGUUUAUUAAUUUUUGUAAUGAAUUGGAAUAACAUAAUUAUUAAUAUAACAAAUUAUUAAGGAAAGUGAUGUUCGUAAAAGUAAUUAUUAAGAAAAUUGUUCGCACAGAAAAGGUUGGGGUAAUUCAAACGCCCACCACUAAGAACUAGUAUCCACGUCAAAAAGAAUUGCGCCAGAAAACGGGGAGGAGGGUAAAGCUUGAUUUCAGAUGAAGAUGUUUUGCAGCCGACAUGCAGAGCAGAGUGAACCGAUCCCGCAUUUUAGUUCAACUAAAUACCGCGAACUCCUACCCGUUUUCCCGCGCAUUACAAUUAUGUGAUCACAAAAUUUCCGGGAAAAUCCCAGUAGGUUCCUAUCUAUUUAUAUAGUUCAAGUGCAAGAAGCAAUAAAAUUUUUAUUGGUAUGCCAAUAAUUCCUUUACUGUAUCUUACAUGAACUAUCUUUUUUGCAGAGAGACCUGGUUGUAGAAGAACUACCACAAGAAUGUAAGUUUAUAGAACUUUGCUUGUCCAAAAUAUUUUUCUAUACAGUUUAUUAGGCCCGCAAGUCACAAUAGCGAGGUUCAGAUUUGACUUCCACUAGCUACUAUCUGCAGGCUUUCAUAAAGCCGAGUUUGAGAAGUGACGGUUGGCAGGUCGAUCGGCCAAGUUAGGCAAAUGAAAUCCUUCAUUCCUUCUAUAAUGAAAAUAUGAGAACCUUGUCAUUGGAAGUACUUGUCAAAACUGCCUGAUUUUAUUAAAUUACGUUUCACAUUACAGCCAGGGUGUAUAAUAAAAUGUACACGCUUUCAAAUUCAAAUUAGCCAUACUACCUUUUAAAUAUUCAUUGCUCUGCAGUAAACUGGCCCAUUUUAUAUAUCUUAUGCAGACUUGAAUAAUGCUUCAUUUAAAUAUUUUUCUUUGAGUUGUGUAUUUGUUCAUACAAACAGAAGUUAUCCUAAAUUCCCAUGUGCAGAAGACCUUGUGUUUUCACGCAUUCAUUAAUUCGAGAAAUUAUACUGCUGUCAAAUUACUACAAUAGGUUAUGGUUAAUUUGAAUUUGAAAUGUUGUACUUUUUGACACACCCUGCAUAUAGGCGGUGUUUAAAUAUUUCUAAAACUGUUUAGAGUAACUAAAAGUAUUCUAGAACUUUAAAUAAUAUAUUGUUUAAAUAUCACAUAUAAAUCCCUCCCAAGAGGGUUAGCCUCGCAUUUUGUUGUUUAGCUUCUAUUGUUUCACCGCCAUUGUGCAAAUGCCCGGAAAAUUUCGUUUUUAGAACCCUAAAAAAUCAGAUGCUUCAAUUGACCUGAAUUAUCUACUAGUUCAUCUAAAUUUUGCUCAUGGUCAAAUAUAGGGAUGCUGCAACUUUGUUGACUCCAUUUCCCUCUGCUCCGCUGUUUGCUAGGGCCCUCACGCGUGUAUUUUUUCUAGUAUUCACCUCUGCAUUAUGGUUUCUUGAAAAUGUUAAAUCAAGGAAAAGACUAAAGAUAUCGUUGUCUACUCUCGAGGACCGUGAUAUCAUGGAGAAGCUGAAUGCAUCUACAGUCAGCAUUCGCAAUGUAGAGAUUGAAUCAUCGUGUAAGUUACACCAAGCUCUAAGAAUUUUUUCUUUGCCGUCUUGUCUAACAGUUCUACGUAUUAAUGACAAUAACUUGAAUUCGGAGGAUGUUCUUGCUUUAAUGAGGUCUCUUAGUACCGGGAAUAGCUUACAUGAAUUAUAUUUAUCUCGUACAAGAUUUAAAGAUAAUACCUUCAUUAGUUUCUUAGAUGUACUGAUCAGUUGUAGCAGUCUGAGAAAAUUAUGUUUAAUUGAUAAUGGCUUAACUAAACAAGAAAUUAACCUCUUAAUUACUGCAUUUAAACGGAUGAAGAAUCUUGUAAAUUUAAAUUUAUCUAAAAGUAACCUGACAGAGACACAAGCCAAUGACAUAUUGCGGAAAGAUGGAGAAGGUAAGUGCAUUGUUUCUUUAGAUUUAUCACAAAAUGCAUUGCAGGGAAAUGAAAUCAUCUUUGGAAUUUGUCAACUACAAUCACUCGAAGAACUAAAUCUCACUGGUAACUACAUGGGAAACAUGCAUAAGUUAGAGAAACAACUUGAUCAUUUACCAAUUAACACCAAAACCAUUUCGUUGUCAUCCAGUCACAUGAUGCCUAUGGACAUUAGUUGUUUUUGUUUUUUAGUCAAGUCAGAUCUGCUUAAGCUCAACUUAGAUUUUAAUCAUGUUGGUAAUUCGAUCUUGUCGCUGUUUUCACAAUCGUUUAAGCGUUUACAAGUGUUAAGUUUAGCAAAUACUGAUAUCGGUGGACCUGCUGUUAAGGGUUUGGCUACCCUACUCUCUUUGGUGGGAGAACUUGAAGAAUUGAAUCUAUCUUCCAAUAAUCUUGUGUUGGCAGAUUUUCAACACCUUCAAUCACCCUUAUCAAACUUAACUCAGUUGAAGAGGUUGAAUUUAAGCAACAAUCCCGAUGGAAUUUCAGUUAUUUUGCAUGAAAUCCUGCCUUCGCUGAAAUAUCUGGAGGAGUUUAGGCUAAGUAACGUGCAUUUAAAUGGUGACGAUUUAAACAAAACAUGCGACUCUCUUGCAUCCUUAAAGGGUCUAAAACACCUUGACCUAAGCAUGAAUGCUAUUGGUCCGGAUGGAACAAGAGCACUUGCAAACAUUCUAAAGGAGUUUCCGUUGUUAGAAGGGCUAGACAUGAGUAAAUCGUGUAUCAAGGAAGAUGAAAUAAGUGUAUUGUUUCGGGAGUUAGAUUGCUUAAACAGAUUGAAAUAUUUGAAUUUGUCAGGCAAUCGAAUUGAUAUUGAGGUCAUACGUGAUCCCGUGUUUUUACCAUCGAUGUUAGAAGAGUUGAUUUUCAGUAACAUUAUUCAUGGCGGAAAACUUUUUUCCAUUAUAAGUUCUCUACAACAUCUUCGAAAACUACAUCUCAGUGAAAUAAAUUUAAGACCAUGCGAUGUUGAAGCGUUAACCUUCAUGUUGUUGUUGUUGCUGUUGUUGGAAGAACUAGUUUUGGCUAAAAUUGUUUGUACUGACUGUGGAAAAAUCUUUAGUGCGAUAAAAACGUUGAAAAAUAUUAAAAAAAUUGAUCUAACAGGUAUGAAAAUACCGGACGGAAACGCAUUUGCUGAGACGCUAUCGUCCCUUUUGCCCUUGGAAGAAUUAGUUUUAACUAAUAUUAGUGUUGCGGACAAUGAAUGUAAAAUAAUCUUUGGUGCAAUAAAGUCGUUGAAGAAACUCAAAAUACUUGAUCUAACUGGUAUAAAAGUGCCUGACGGAAAUGCUAUAGCUGAGAUGCUAUCGUCCCUUUUGUUAUUGGAAGAGCUGGUUUUAGCUAAGACGGAUGUUGUGUGGCGGAAUGCUGAAAUCUUUAGUAAAAUAAAGUUGUUGAAAAAUCUGAGAAAGCUUCACCUUGGUAGUAUGCGUUUAUGGAACGAAAAAGGCGUCUUUGAUAUGUUGUCGUCUUUUUCAUUUCUGGAAGACAUAGUGUUUCCUCGUGUUAAUUUAGUGCAUGCUGAUGAUAUUAUAACUUUUAGUGCUUUGAAGUCAGUAAAAUAUUUAAAAAUUCUUAAUCUACGUGUAACUUGCGACAUGGCAGAAUAUUUUGCAAGCGUGUUGCCAUCACUGACGUUGUUGGAGAAGCUAGUGUUGCUAAAUGGUAAUAUUGAUCGUGAAAGUGAAAAACAAGUGCUUGCUGCGGUAGGAAGAUUAACGUAUUUAAAAGAAUUGGAGUUAAAGUGGGAUAAGAUCUCCCAAGCUGGCGCAGACAGUUUAGCUGAGGUCUUACCAUUACUGCAGUUGCUGGAAAAGGUUGUGUUGGGGUAUGUCGGUUGUGAUGAUGAAGGUGAAAAACGACUGUUCACUUCAAUAGGAAAAUUGUCUUAUUUAAAAGAAUUAAAGUUAUAUUUCGGUGGUAUUACCCAGGUCGGCGCAGACAGAUUAGCUGAGGUCUUACUAUCGCUGCAGUUGUUGGAAAAGAUAGAGUUGUUCAAAUUUAGUGAUGAUUCUAUGGGUCAUUUAAGUGGAAGACAACUGUUUGCUGCAAUAGGGAAGUUAAAAUAUUUAAAAGAAUUAGAGUUAGAGUGGUAUGGGAUUGCCCAUGCUGACGCAGACAGUUUAGCUGAGGUCUUACCAUCACUGAAGUUGUUGGAAAAGCUAGUGUUGGGGUCUGUCGAUUGUGAUAAUCAUGAUGAAACUGAAAAACAACUGUUCACUGCAGUAGGAAAAUUGACUUAUUUAAAAGAAUUAGAGUUAAAUUUGUAUUGUAUUACCCAGGCUGGCGCAGACAGUUUAGCUGAGGUCUUACCAUCACUGCAGUUGUUGGAAAGGCUAGUGUUGGACCAAUAUAUUGAAAAUAUUAUGGAUGAUUUAAGUGGAAAACAACUGUUUGCUGCAGUAGGAAAAUUGACGUAUUUAAAAGAAUUAAAGUUACAGUUGUGUAUAAUAACCCAAAAUGACGCAGACACUUUAGCUGAGGUCUUACCAUCGCUUCAGUUGUUGGAAAAGCUAGUGUUGGAUUUUGUUGAUAAAAGUGGAAAACAACUAUUUGCUUCAGUAGGAAAAUUGACUUAUUUAAAAGAAUUAGAGUUAAAGUUUUGUACGAUUACCCAAGCUGGCGCAGACAGUUUAGCUGAGGUCUUGCCGUCACUACAGUUGUUGGAAAAGCUAGUGUUGAGAAAUGCUGAUUUUGAUUAUAUUGUUGAUGAAAGUAGAAAACAACUGUUUGCUGCAGUAGGAAAAUUGCCGUAUUUAAAAGAAUUAGAGUUAGGCCACUGGUGUGAGACUACUCAAACUGGCCCAGGACGUUUUGCCGAGGUCUUGCUGUCACUGCCACAUGCGCAGUUGUUGGAAAAGCUAGUGUUGCAUUAUGUUGGUUCUGGUGAUGAUAUUGAUGAUGAAAGUGGAAAACAACUGUUUGCUGCAGUAGGGAAGCUGACAUAUUUAAAAGAAUUAGACUUACGCUCGUGUGAGAUUACCCAGGCUGGCGCAGACAGUUUGGCUGAGGUCUUGCCAUCACUGCAGUUGUUGGAAAUGCUAUCGUUACGUGAGAUUGACUUCAGAAAUGUUAACGACCACCAACUGUUUAGUGCUGUAGGAUCAUUGAAUUAUUUGAAGGAACUUCAUCUUUACAGAAGUAAAAUCACUGAUGCUGGUGCAGAAAUUUUAAUAGAUGCAUUACCAUCUUUACGCAACUUAACAUGCAUUAUAUUAUUUGAGAUAUGUGAACCAUUGAGGAGUAGGCUUAUAGCAGCGGCAGGCCGGGUUCCAGGAUUGGAAGUAAUUUGA